AUGAACAGCUACGACUCGCUUGGCAACAACGGAGCUGGCCCGUCCGGGACCGCAGCCGUUUGCCACUGGCUGAAGCACAUGAAACUAUAUCGGGUCGUGCUAAUCGUGGUGGUUUGCUCCUUAACGCUACCGUUCGUCUUCUACAAUCUGCUCGUGCAUGAAGAAUCGAGCGUCCAGCACAACGACAUCCACCGUACUCGGUCCCAGCUCUUCACGUUCGAGGAUGUGAGCCCACUGAAGGCGGCCGAUCUGAAGCUGCGCAUUGACGAGAUGCUGCGUAUGAAGGGUACGGUGUCGCUUGAGCUGCGCGAUCUUGAAUCCCGCCGCCAGAAGCUACAGUCGGACAUUGGGCUGUACAAUCAGAAAAUUGACGAACUAAAGCAGGAACUCGCCCGCCAACAGACGGAACUGGAUCGGCUCAAGAUCUCCGUCGAACAGGCGCAGGUAGCGCAACGUGAAGCGGUCCUACGCAACACACCGGAACUGGCGCUUCCGCGUGCCCUAUUUUCCGACUCGCUGCCGGUUGAGAUGCGACCGAUCGGUGCCGAACAGAGACGAGCGUGUAAAAUGAGCACCUGUUUUGAUCAUUCGCGCUGCAGCCUCACAUCCGGGUUUCCGGUGUAUCUUUACGAUCCGGACACUACAUCCGUUGUUAGCGAGGGAUACGAUAUCGACGGUUUCUUGAAGACCACCAUCAAGCUAACGCUCGGUUAUAAUGCACACCUCACGACGGAUCCGAAAAAGGCGUGCGUAUUCGUCGUGCUCGUCGGUGAAGCACUUUCCGAGCAUGAAGUUCUGAAGAACAACCGCUACAACACCGCCCAAGGAGGAGGUUCGAACCGGUCCAUUGCUGAUUCCGCCGCAUUACACCAAUCAAGUCUAAACGUUACCCGGCUCCGAUUGCUUCCAUACUGGGGUGGAGAUGGCCGGAACCAUGUGCUGCUGAACUUUGCCCGCCGGGAAAUAGGGCCCGGUACGGGUAACAUGCUGCAGGGACGCACGAUGGACACGGGUCGUGCAAUGUUGGUGCAGUCCAGCUUCGAGGAAAGUCAACUUCGAGUCGGUUUCGAUCUGAUUGCGCCGCCCAUACUAGGACCACCCGGUGGCGAUGUGUGGCAAGAGUGUGCCCCAAUGCUCCCGGCCAGACGGAAGUAUCUGCUCAGCUUUCAGGGCGAACUACACGGUCAGAAUGGUACGAUGGGUGUGGCCGGACCUCGCGGUACGGAUGACACCGAAAGCGACACGGUGGAUGAGUUCAUUAUCGAGCAUCUGAAGGAAAUGUCCUCGGGCAGGACGCAAGAUUACUUUAUGCUGCAGUUCGAGUGUGUACCAGCCACGGAGCAACGAAGUCCGUCGGGAUUGCGCGAGUGGUCCCUGUGCGGCACGGAUAAUUCACGCAAAGCCGUGCUGAAGGAAUCGACCUUUGCAUUGCUGCUUGCGCCGGGAGGAGGAAGCACGAGUUCCACGUUGCUGCAGGCACGUCUUUACGAAGCACUGCGAGCCGGGGCAAUUCCGCUGGUGCUUGGAGGUGAUCAGGUGCAGCUACCGUACGCGGAAACGAUCGAUUGGAGGCGUGUUGUGAUAUCGCUACCGAAGGCACGCAUAACCGAAUUACACUUUCUGCUGCGUGCCAUUCCCGAUGCCGAUUUGCUAACGAUGCGCCGCCAGGGUCGGUUGGUGUGGGAACGCUACCUUAGCUCGGUACAAUCGACCGUCGAUACGAUCGUGGCCAGUCUGCGCAAUCGGCUCGGCAUCCCGCCGAAACCGAUACCCUCGGUGGUAGCGCACAGCGUGUUCAAUGCAUCGUUCGUUCCGCUGAAAUCAGAUCCCGUCAUCGAUACCGAGCCGGAAGAAUCACUCGGGCCCAUUGAACCACCGUACCCUAGUCCGGCAUUCCGCCGUAACUACACCGCGACGCUCGUACAAUCGCGCGAAAUGUGGAACGAUUGGGCGGAUCCAUUUGCACUCUAUCCGCAGCUUCCGUUCGAUCCCGUACUGCCUUCGGAUGCGAAGUUUAUCGGCUCGCACAUGGGCUUCCGGCCGAUCGGGAAGGGUGCGGGUGGUACCGGGAAAGAGUUUGGUGAAUCGCUGGGAGGAAACUAUCCGCGCGAACAGUUCACGAUCGUCAUACUGACGUACGAACGGGAGCAGGUGCUGAUGGAUUCGCUAAGCCGGUUGUACGGACUGCCGUACCUGCACAAGGUGAUUGUCGUCUGGAACUCGCCGAAACCACCGCUGGAGGAUCUCCGCUGGCCGGACAUUGGUGUGCCGGUACACGUCGUUCGGGCACCGCGCAACUCACUCAACAAUCGCUUUCUGCCGUUCGAUGCGAUCGAAACCGAAGCGGUACUAUCGGUGGACGACGAUGCACAUCUGCGCCAUGAUGAGAUACUGUUCGGCUUUCGCGUCUGGCGAGAACACCGGGACCGAGUGGUUGGUUUUCCCGGUCGGUUCCAUGCGUGGGACGUGAACUCGCUUGACUCGUGGAACUACAACUCGAAUUAUAGCUGCGAGCUGAGCAUGGUACUGACCGGGGCCGCCUUCAUACACAAGUACUACACGUACCUGUACACGUACACGCUACCGCAGGCGAUCCGGGACAAGGUGGACGAGUACAUGAACUGUGAGGACAUUGCGAUGAACUUUCUCGUAUCGCACGUAACACGCAAACCACCGGUAAAGGUAACAUCCCGCUGGACGUUCCGAUGUCCCGGGUGUCCGGUGUCGCUCAGCGAGGACGAUACCCACUUCCAGGAGCGCCACAAGUGCAUUAAUUUCUUUACCAAGGUGUUUGGGUACACACCCUUGCUGAACACUCAGUACCGGGCCGAUUCGAUCCUGUUCAAAACGCGAAUACCACACGACAAACAGAAAUGCUUUAAAUUUAUCUAA